GUCCUUUUGAAGCAAACUGAGGAGCAAGAAAAUAAUGACAAGGAUCCCAAGCAAUGGAAUUCCUUAUUUCGAGACAACCGAGCCCCUGCCAAUGGCCUAAAGCUUGAGUAUUUCCCUCCAACGGGGGAAAAACUAGAUUUCUCACAUCUACAGGUGCCUACACUUGUGGAGGUCUGGGGCUACUGCUUAGUUGGUCACUUUUCUGGGAGAUUCCCGGGUUUGAAGGCCAUCCAUGUUAUGACCAGAAAAUGGGGGGUGGAGGUCGAUGUAAAAUCCCAUAGUAAAGGAUGGGUUAUUUUCAAAUUUAAAACCGAGGAGGACCGUGUUCAUGUUCUGGCCGAGGGCCCAUAUGUCCUGCAUGGAAAGACCAUGUUCCUGAAGGAACUCUCCGAAGACUUCUCAACCAAUAGUGAGGAAUUUCUUAAAGUACCGAUUUGGGUUAAAUUUCCCAAAUUAUCUAUGAGAUUGUGGAAAGCAAAAGAGAUGGGGACGAUUGCUUCACAAGUGGGCGUUCCUAUUACUGCUGAUAAAGUUACACAGGACACUGUGUAUACUCACUUUGCCCGAGUGCUCAUUGAAAUUGAUGUUACGAAACCUCCGGUGAUGCAAUUUCCUAUUGUCCCUCCUUCGGGAAAGGAAUAUAUGCAACAAAUAAUUUAUGAAACUUAUCCGGAAUACUGCUUUCACUGUAAGAAGUAUGGCCACCAUCCCUUCUCAAGCCUUGUACUUAAUCCUCCAAAAGGGAAAGCUAAACAAGUCUCGGCCAAUGAAAAGGGAAAAGAAAUUGUGCUUGUUGAUGAGCCUCCUUUUGUGGAGGUAAAUAGGAAUAAAAAGAAAACUGCAUAUGUGAGGAAGGAAGCUCCUGCCAAAGACGUUGCCUCAACUUCUAAAACAGUUGGACCAAAGCUACAACCACAGCGCAAGGAAGCACCCCAUAUUGCUAACAAGGAACUGGACAAUGUUCCUAGCAAACUGCCAGUUAAACUCCCUGCCAUGGCUGCUGGAUCCGCGACUACUAUGGCAAUUCCACCUCCUAAUGUUGAUGUGUUUGAGUGGGAAGGGCGCCGAGUUGUAAGUGUGCAUGAAAUUGAACUUGAUGACGUGGUUAACAAGUUUGUUACCAAAGAGGAUGGUGCGCACGAAGCCUUCGUCAAAAAGCGGCACCAAAUUAAAAGCUAUAUUCCAGUGACUAGGCUUGGAAGGAACCUCCAAAAAGAGACUAACCCGGAUCUCCCUGCCAUGGCAUUCACGGACCCUUGCUUGGUCGCCCUUCCCGGAGUGAAGCGCACUAGAACAUGGUAUGCAUUCAAUUUAAGUAUUUUUUUCCUUAAUGUUGCGUGUUUCUUUGAUGUCCAGGCCAACCAAAACUUGGAUUUCUUGCGAACUAAAGAGCAACUUGCCAUUCAAGAAGCUGCCAACCUACUGCCUCCCGCUGCAUAUGAAGAAAACCGAGGGGACCAGUCCUUUAAUGGGGGCAAAGGCUACUUAGUUACAAACAUGUAUGAGAUGGGCAUUGACGAUGUUGUAACCAUGGUCAUUUUAAAUGAGAAAAGCAAGACUGUUGCGUAGGGAUGGCAAUGGGGCGGGGUUGGGGCGGGGGUUCACUCCCCCAUCCCCCGCCCCGUGUCUAAAAAAUCGCCCCCGCCCCCGCCCCAUCCCCCACUACUAUUCGACCCGCCCCAUCCCCCGCCCCGACCCGCUAGACCCACGGGUACUCAACGGGGAAGUACUCGUAAAAAAUUAACAUCAUUUUAGACUCUGACAAUUUUUCAAAAAUUUAACAACACUUCUAGUAGCCAAUUUUUUUUUUUUUUUUUUACUUUUUAAGUGUCAAUGUAAUCUUACAUCCCAUUUCAAAUCUAGAACACAUUAUACGCGUUCUAAAUUAGUAAUUUUUAUCAAACUCUAAAUUAGCAUUGAUUAGCUCUAUAAUAUUUUCUUAAACCCUGCAUUCAAUCAAUCAUAGUCAUUUGACGGCAUCUAGGACGACAUGUGAUCACCAAAUUUUAAGAGCCCUAACUACAAUCAUAAAGAUGACAUUCAAAAGAAAAGAAUUAAUGCAUUAUAAUAGUAAAGGAAAAAAACUUUCACACCGUGCCUGAGGCGUUUAAGCUAAUAUCACUUUAUAACUUUCCCAAAUUCAUUUUAUUUUAUCUCUAAAAAAAUCAUUUUACUUUAUGAUUUUGAUAAGCAAUUUUACAAGAUAGCUUAGUUAUUAAACAAGAAUUAGAUAGAUCCAUUACGCACAAUCCAUUAGAUAGGAAACCACUAAACCCACCGGGCCACCAUGCUAUUUUAAUUACUUCGUAUUAGUAUUACUAUUAUUAUUAGUAUUAUUAUUGAGAUUAUUAUUAUUAAUUAUUACGGGGGGACGGGGCGGGGACGGUGCGGGGGGUGCAUAACCCAUCACCCGCCCCAUAUUUAUGCGGGGAGAAAAUAUCUCCCCCACCCCACCACCCGCCCCACCCCACCACCCGCCCCAACUCCCCCCCACGGGGCGGUUCCCCACGGGCCCCCGCCCCCAUUGCCAUCCUUACUGUUGCGUAUGCUUGGGCACCAGACGAAGUUCCUGAAGGAGUGGUCACAGUCAAGCUAGGGUCAAAACUGGAACCAGUCUACUUUGAUGAAUCCGGAG